CGCUACCUUACAGCAUACAUAAUUUUCCGAGGACAGAUCUCCUCAGGCGAAGUAAGCGUCGCGGUCCAUGAUCUUCAAAGCAAGAGCUCUCAACAGUUCGUCGAAUGGAUUCCCGACAAUGUUUCUGUGUCUAUAGUAUUGGUUUCCCCCGUGGGUCAGAAACAGGCUGCCACGAGACUUGCAAACUCCACCUCCAUUCAAGAACUAUUUCAGCGUACUUUGGAUUCGUUUUCUCUGAUGUUCAAGCGUCGCGCCUUUAUGUACUGGUACACAGGCCAAGGCAUGAAUCCAAUGCAGUUCACAGAGGCGGAAAGCAACAUGCUAGAUCUCAUGUGUGUCAGAGUGAUGCUGUGA